CAUUGCUGAAAGGGAUAAAAUCAACAUCGAAUCAUCUAGGAAUACAUACAUUGAUUCAAAUAUGAAAUAUUCCUUAUGUUGAAAACAAAAAGCUGAAGCAUAGGUAUAUUCAUAGAGUAUAUAGGGCUUUGGCUUGUUUGCCUUGGUAGUUGGCAUCUGCACUGCCAGCCAUAUGGCAUAUUGUUGACUUGUGACGUGGUUGUGGCUAAAAACUUGUAAAAAUGAAUAGCUGGGGCAACGAUGCGUACACCAUGGGGAUGCAAAUGAAUCCAAUGAUGGGUAUGAUGAUGGAUAACAUGAACGCCCCGCCAAUGAAUCCACCACCGCCUGUACCUUUACCUCUGAUCGGGCCCAUGAUCCCCGAUGUCAUGCAUGUGGAAACACAGGACCUCACCAUUACCAACGAGGAGUCUCAGGAUAACCAAGCGAGUGACGUAACGAGCUCGCAGAAUCAACGGCGGCGUUCCCGAGAGAGAGCUAACUAUAAUAAUAAUCGUCGGGAUAACCGCGAUAAGGACCAAGGAAAAAAUGUAACAGAUCGUGGACGCAGCCACCGCUCAAGGUCACGAGAGCGUCACGAGCGACCUAGCAGGUUCAGUGACAGACACGACCGAAAUGACAAAAACAGGAAUGACAGGGUCAGGACUGAGCGUAAGUCCAAAUGGGACAGCAGUCCAAGUGAGAAAGGCUUACUGCCCAUCCCAUCUAUGCCGACCAUGUCAGCUCAAGGGCAGGUGAUGCCGAUGGCGAGUAUGAAUCCGACCAUGAAUAUGGGAAUGAUGUCAGCUGAAUGGCCAGAGAAUGGGGAUUCUUACCAAGGCAUGAUGCAAUACCCCGGUACCAAUAUGAUGAAUAGCAACAUGAUGUUGAAUAACAUGAUGCCCGCCACCAACAUGGAUGGGGGGCAACAGAUGAUGAUGUCCAACAUGAACAUGAUGCCCAACAUGAUGACCAAUAUGAUGGACCAGAAUAUGAUGAUGAUGAAUCAGGGCAUGAUGCAGCCGUUGAUGCCUAACCAACCUGUGUUCAUGAACUGUGGGGCUUUGCUGCCACCUAUACCAGGUACUCAGACACCUCAAAGGCGUGACCGUCCAAAAGGUUGUCGCACAAUAUUCGUCGGUGGCCUGCCACCCAACAUAACAUCAGAUGCUCUCAGUGAAAUGUUCCAACGCUAUGGCAACAUUCAAGACAUCAAAUCACCCAAGAACGGAGUGUAUUACAUUCGUUUUGAACGUAUGGAAAGUGUGGACAGUUCGUUCGUUCUAUCUGGGUACAGAUUCAAGUUUCAUGACCAAGCAGAGAAUGAGGCUUCCACUAUGUUCAUUGACUAUGCUUUGAACCGUGACGAUCAAAGCGAGUAUGAGAAAUCGCAACGCAAGCGGGAGCCCACCCCGCCCCGUAUAGAACCUUUCACACCAAACAACUUAACGGUCAUCGCUGAGAAAAUCAAGAGUGAAACUGACUUCGCUGAGGCUGCGCCUACUCUAGCAGGUUGGUUGGAGCGUGGCGAAUGCAACAAGAAAUUCGCCAACCAAUUCUACUCACUGAUCCAAGCCAGCAACAACCAGAUACGGAGACUGUUCAAUGAGAAGAUGCAACUUGACGAAGAUUUCCAGAACAUGAAGAGCUCUAUCAGAGACAAGUUUGCACAUGUCGUGACUCAAUUCGAGCAGGUAGCGAAAAUUUUGUCCGCCGCGAAACAUCAGCGGGUCUCCGACCACUUCACCAAGCAGCAACGCCGGAACAUCGAGAUGUGGCUCAAAAUGACCGAGGAGGUGGAUAAUAUAAGAGAAGAAUUUAAUGCCAUUUUCGAUGAAGAGGAGGUUGAAAAACCAAACAAGAAUUCGGUAUCUCUGGAGAAAUAUGAAGAAUUGAAGAAAGAAAACGAGAACCUAACAUAUGAGUUGGAAGGAUACAAGAACGAAGCAUAUCUCGCCAAAGACGAAGCGGAGAGAAAGUUCGAGAAGUUCAAGGCGCAUUUCAUCGCUCAACAAGCGUUGCAACAAAAAUCGGUAUUCCCACCAUUGCCGCAACAAAAGAUAGAGCCUCCUCUACCACCAUCAAGCGCUAAACCAUUACCACCACCACCAACCCCAGAUGAUGAUAAAGUCAUGAUAUCUGGACCAUCAGUGCCACCAACCGAAGCCAAACUUAUAUCGAUCCUCACAUCUUUCCUCAUGGUUCACCCAUUAGGAGCAUCCUUAGAUUACUUGGUGUCAUAUGUUAGGUCUAUGACUCCAAAUGUGACUCAAGCGACCGUACUGUCGACUUUGCAGAAGUAUGGAGACAUCUUCAACUGUGAAACGACUGGUGUUGGGGCGUGCAUUGAGCAUAGAUGGUACUUUGUGACGUUUGAUAUAAUUAAGAGAGAAAAGUAACUUGCGAAAUUUAGUUAUAAUGUCUGUGUGUAUAAUUAUGAUGUUAUUGGAA